GGCGGGGCCGCGUCCUCGGGACCGCCCCAGCCCCGGCUCCGCCCCGCCACCCCCACAGGUGCCUCCCAUUGGCCCCCACACCUGUCCGUCACUCCGUUCCCCCCACCCCUCAAGCUAGGCUGAGCUGUGCCUACGUCGGCCUCGACUCCCGGGGGCUGGAGGAGUUACCUUUGGAGCCCGAAAGGAGGAAGGAAGCAAAAUAUCAACAACAGUCGAGGCGGCUCGGGCGCUCGGCCCCGGUUCCUCGCUUGCCCGCCGCCCGCCUGCUGGCCCCCGCGCCCACGACGGGGGCCCAGGCCCCACGGCGCCGCCCAGGGCCCGCGCGGACGCCGGCCUCAUUUAUUAUUCCCCCCGCCUGGAGCUGCGGCUUCCCAGUGUUGAAGAUCCCCCGGACCAGGGGCGAGGGCUACCCGCUCUUUGCCGUGACAACACCGUUCCCCCAGCCGGGCUGGAGGCUGUGCAGAAGGUAUCCUGCAGACCAUGAACUGAGCACUGUUCCCAGACCGUUCAUGAGCACAGUGUAAGGUGUGCCGAGACCCACCACCCAGCGAGCCCCUCCCCUCCGUAGCACUGAGGACCCCCGGAGAAGAUGGGGAGGAAAAAGAUUCAGAUCCAGCGAAUCACCGACGAGCGGAACCGACAGGUGACUUUCACCAAGCGGAAGUUUGGCCUGAUGAAGAAGGCGUAUGAGCUGAGCGUGCUAUGUGACUGCGAGAUCGCACUCAUCAUCUUCAACCACUCCAACAAGCUGUUCCAGUACGCCAGCACCGACAUGGACAAGGUGCUGCUCAAGUACACGGAGUACAAUGAGCCACACGAGAGCCGCACCAACGCUGACAUCAUCGAGACCCUGAGGAAGAAGGGCUUCAACGGCUGCGACAGCCCCGAGCCCGACGGGGAGGACUCGCUGGAACAGAGCCCCCUGCUGGAGGACAAGUACCGGCGCGCCAGUGAGGAGCUCGACGGGCUCUUCCGGCGCUAUGGGUCAGCUGUCCCGGCCCCCAACUUUGCCAUGCCUGUCACGGUGCCCGUGUCCAAUCAGAGCUCACUGCAGUUCAGCAAUCCCAGCGGCUCCCUUGUCACCCCUUCCCUGGUGACGUCAUCCCUCACGGACCCGCGGCUCCUGUCCCCCCAGCAGCCAGCACUACAGAGGAACAGUGUGUCUCCUGGCCUGCCCCAGCGGCCAGCUAGUGCGGGGGCCAUGCUGGGGGGUGACCUGAACAGUGCUAACGGAGCCUGCCCCAGCCCUGUCGGGAAUGGCUACGUCAGUGCUCGGGCUUCCCCUGGCCUCCUCCCUGUGGCCAAUGGCAACAGCCUAAACAAGGUCAUCCCUGCCAAGUCUCCACCCCCACCCACCCACAGCACCCAGCUUGGAGCCCCCAGCCGCAAGCCUGACCUGCGAGUCAUCACUUCCCAGGCAGGAAAGGGGUUAAUGCAUCACUUGACUGAGGACCAUUUAGAUCUGAACAAUGCCCAGCGCCUUGGGGUCUCCCAGUCUACCCAUUCGCUCACCACCCCGGUGGUUUCUGUGGCAACGCCGAGUUUACUCAGCCAGGGCCUCCCCUUCUCUUCCAUGCCCACUGCCUACAACACAGAUUACCAGUUGACCAGUGCAGAGCUCUCCUCCUUACCAGCCUUUAGUUCGCCUGGGGGGCUGUCGCUAGGCAACGUCACCGCCUGGCAACAGCCACAGCAGCCCCAGCAGCCGCAGCAGCCACAGCCUCCACAGCAGCAGCCACCGCAGCCACAGCAGCCACAGCCACAGCAGCCUCAGCAGCCGCAACAGCCACCUCAGCAACAGUCCCACCUGGUCCCUGUAUCUCUCAGCAACCUCAUCCCGGGCAGCCCCCUGCCCCACGUGGGUGCUGCCCUCACAGUCACCACCCACCCCCACAUCAGCAUCAAGUCAGAACCGGUGUCCCCAAGCCGUGAGCGCAGCCCUGCGCCUCCCCCUCCAGCUGUGUUCCCAGCUGCCCGCCCUGAGCCUGGCGAUGGUCUCAGCAGCCCAGCCGGGGGAUCCUAUGAGACGGGGGACCGGGAUGACGGACGGGGGGACUUCGGGCCCACACUGGGCCUGCUGCGCCCAGCCCCAGAGCCUGAGGCUGAGGGCUCAGCUGUGAAGAGGAUGCGGCUCGAUACCUGGACAUUAAAGUGACGAUUCCCACUCCCCUCCUCUCAGCCUCCCUGAUGAAGAGUUGACAAUCUCACCGCCCGCCCUUCCCUGCCCCGGGCUCCUCCCGCUCGACCCCCACUUCCUUUCUUGUGCUUCGUGUCCUGUUGACGGUUACAUUUGUGUAUAAUUAUUAUAUUAUUAUUAUUAUUAUUAUAUUUUUUUUAAUUUGGAUUCUUGCUUUGGAGAGGGGGAUGCUCUCAUCCCCUCUUUCUCUACCCCCCACCAUUUUCACUGGCUAGGGGGCUCUCUUUUUCGUGGGAAGGGGGGGACACUUUGCACGUUGUACACAUAUGCUGCAGGAAGGGGGUGGGGGGCCCAAUAGGCCUUUGGGAAAGGACAGGUGCCGAGCCCUGCAUGUGGAGCCCUCCCACCCCACCCCCAGAUAGAGGGAAAUAACCAAAAAACUACCAAACAACAGAAACCCACACUCUAGACUGAAACCCCAAAGUGGGCUUGAUGGGUGGGUUUGUGUUUGAAGGGGAAAGUGAGGCAGAGGUUCUGAAAAGGGUCUCUGUUUUUGGGUUCAUGUAGCCAUAGGCACAUGGAGCAGAAUACCUAAGCCUGGCCCCCAAAUGCCCCUGCACACACACGUGCCACACCUGCGCUGAUUCUUGUGUGUGCUGCACCCCCAAGGUGUGUGGGUGCUGGCUGAGCUUUGGGCUGGGAAGGCAGCCUGGGAAUCUGAGGCUGGGGGCAGGGGUUUGAGGUGGGGGCCUCUCUGGAAGCACAUUUGGAGAGAAAGACAGAGAGCCAUGAGGAGAGGGCUGAGGAGGGCAGAAGGGCUAGGCAGGGGGCAAAUUGGGCCCCUCCCUUCCCCAGCUUUUCUCUAAGAUAUACAGUGCAAUAGCUCCCCACCCCUCAGUUGACGCCAGCCCUGUAAAGCUGGCCACAAUGUGCAGGGAGAAUGGGGAGAGGGUCUUCAGUGAGGUGGCUGGGGCGAGAGUCGGCCUGGACUUCCCUGGGGUGCUCCAGGCCAGAGCUCUUUCAUCAGGGCGAGUGUGGUGAGGGGACGUCCUUGGCCUUGCACGCACACUACCUGGGGGAGUCAACACUGGGAUGGUCUGUGGGGUGGGAGGGCCUACGGAUGGGUCCGUAGAGGUCCCACUUCCCUCAUUCCUCCUUGGCCCCUCUCCCUAGCUUCUCCUGUUAGCUCCUUCUGCUCCUGACCCCACCUCCUUGCUCUUGGCGCCCCCAUUGUCUCUGGCUACCUCCUUGUCCCACCACCUCCAGGCCGCAUCCCACCUUCCCUCUUGGCUACUGUAAUUGUAAAUAGCGACCUUUGGAAAACGUUAGCGGUGUAACAGUCCAGGAAACUGUUUUUUGUUGUUGUUGUUGUAUUGAUAUGAAAUGAGAUUCUAUUUUUGUCAAAGUAUAUUGUAAUAAUAAUGACUCAAACGGCCCGUACUGUACAGACGAGAUUCUUCUGCUGUUGUUCUUGCUCCCCUCCCCUCCUCUGAGUCCGCCCCUCCCUGCUGCCUCCUCAGUGGGGCAGUGGGCAAGGGCCCAGGGGCAGCCGAAGCACGGGGUCCUGAGACCUCAGGCAGGAUUGGAGAUCAAACCAGAGGGGGCAGGCCCCCAGCCUGCUCUCUAGGAUCACCCCCCGCCCUAAGGGGCCUGGCCUGGAGUGACGUGGGCAGGCAGACUGUCUGCCCGACUCCUUCACACAAGCCCAGCUCCUCUGCCCAAGGGGUGCGGUGCUCCCUUGGGGUUUCCUCCCAGUUGGAGAGUAGAGUUAGACAAGGCCCAGUUUUGUGUUAGCCAACCAUCUUUGCCCACCUCUAUGACCCAGCCUCUUGCAGUAUUCCAAUACUUGAUGCAGGGAAGGAACCAGAAGCAGAGGGGCCUCUACGCAGGCAGGUACACACGUGUACCUGAGUGUGUUCAUGAGGGCAUCUGGUGUUUAUGUGUCUGAGUGUAGCUUUGUAUUUAUGUGUGUGUGUAUGUGUAUGUCUGAUUGCACGGGUGUACCUUUGUAUUUAUGUGUGUGUCUGGUUGCACGGGUGUGCCUCUGUGUGUCUCUGAGCCUGGCUGGGUGUGUAUGCAAAUCUGUGUGACUGGAGCUCUAGGGGCAUCUCUGUGUCUGAGUGUGCCUGGUGUGUGUUUACGAAGGGAGAGUUGGCUGCUCCAGCUCCACAACCCUGGGACCCCAACUCCCGUCUUCCCUGCUCCUUUCCCUGUGUUCACCCUCAGCUCUGAUGCAUUGAACUGCAGUUGGGGGGAUUGGCAGUUAGCCCUCUGUGCUUCUCCCUGCAGCCCUACCUCUGCCAGGGCCUCUCCAUGGACCUCUGCUUCCACCCACGUAUGUCCACUUAGUCACCCACACUUGGCACACAGUUCCUGGAGUACCCUCUUUCCCCAACCCCAGACCUGCUUUCAGAGCAAAAGUCAAGUCCCUCUUCCUCCAUGAAGCUUCUCCCUCAGCUGAGCAGUGAUCCAUUCUUACUCACUCUUAACCCCAAUCUGCUGACUGGGUGGGGGCAGCAUGUCCAGCCUUCCCACCUCUCCUGCAGGCUUCUAGAGGGAGUUUCAAAAACUGAUGAGCCUCGAUCCAGGGCUUGAAAGAAGCCAGAGUGUAAUCUUGUUCAUGCAUGCAUCCCCAGAGCCUUGCCUAGUGCCUGGCACAUAGUAGGCACUCAAUAAAUGCCGAAUGGGUGAAUAGUUGAAUGAUAGGUGCUCAAUAAAUGAAUGAAUGGCCUUCCCUUCUCAGGCUAUUCACACAAUUAGUCUGCCCACCUUUCUAGGCUGGGCUUGGCCACCAUUAAACACGGGGUGGGGGUGAGGGCCCCUGCAGUUCACGGUGCAAUAUUCACCAGUUUUGCCCUCUGCCUCAUAAAGGCAAACCUGGCUUUUGAUUACCAUGUGUGGAUGUUUCAGUGUCCUUUCUUCUCUGUCCCUGGGGACGGGGUGGUCUGUGAAUAUGUGACAUUUCUGCAGUUCAGUAUCCGAAGGUUUCUCUUGGGGGUAGGGGCUCCUGGGCAGCCAGAUGAAUGGGUCCCUGGGAACCCAGACCUCAGAUGGGGACUUAAUGUCUUCUUCCUCUCAAGCCAAAUUCGCCUCCACCCACUCCCUCUGAAGAACUGGGCAUUUGCCAAAGUAACCACUGGAGUCAUCUAAUGGCCCUCCCCCUCCCCAGGUUUCCCACAGCUUUCAGGGACAGUGGGCAAAAGGACCCCCCUUUCACCACCUCAAUGGAACACACCAUCCUCCCCCCUCAACAGCACACUCAGUGCAGCAAGACUGACCCCUGACCCCCUCCCAGCCCUCCCCACCUUGGACAGGAAGGAAGUAAUGCACCUUCUCUUGCUGAUUAUUUAUUUGUUUGGAGAGACAGAAAUGUAAAAGUGUAUCUAGAAAUAUCUAUAUCUCUAUAUAUUUUUAACUGACUCUUUGGAAUCCCCUGGGGUGGGGUGAGGGGUAAGUUUAGGCGUUCGCGGAGGGGAGGAGACAUGGAGCCUGGGAACUCCUUGUUCUCCCCUCUGCUGCCUCUCCCCACCCCUUAAAGCAGUUGGUAGAAGGAAUGGUAUUUGUAUGGGGGGAGGGAGGCUGGAAUGGAGAAUCUGGAUUCUCUCCUCUUCCCCAUUCUCCAGAGGGAGGGAGGUGGUGAGGAAGAGGAAGGGAGGGGCAGGACGGGCCAUGGAGGUGCCCCACCCCCACACCUGACAAUCACCCACACUCCUGGGGCUCUUCCUGGGUCCUGGGGCAGGGCGAGUCCAAGUGUGAGGCUGUUGAUUUGUUUUCAAUAUUUCUUUUCGUGCUGUAUGGUGAUGCUUUCUUAGUAUUCUACACAAUAAGAAAAGACAAAGUCCUCGAGAUUCUUAUGAGUUUUGUUUGAAAACUCUUUCACUAUAUUUGUUGUAAAGAGGUUUACUAUUAAAAGAAAAAGAAUACACGUUUCUGAUA